AUGCCCGUGAAGCCAACUAACUUGGAUUCUGAUGAUUUUUACAGUCACAUGUUAACAGACGAUGAAAGCUGUUGCUCUAAAAGUAAGUUACGUGUCAAAUAUAGCUAUUCUGAAGAUUUUUGUAUAAUGUGGAGUGAGUAAAAAGCGAACAAAUAUUGCAGGAGCUCCAGAACUUACAGAUGACAGCUCUUUUGCUGAAUUUUACGAUUCAGUUGAGAGUCCAAGUCGUAUUGACAUGGACAAAGUGGAUCAAGGGUCUAAAUCUAGUAAGACAAAUGAGAAGAAGAAUGAGAAGGGUACGUUGAAUAACACAUUGUUAUUUUUGUUGUUUAGGUGGCUUCAAAUCUAGAAUUCCCGUCCCAACUUUUGCGACUACCUUGAGACCAAAGAUGCUUGACAACAAAGCGCAGAGGUUUCGCCUGCAACAAAUCUUGUCUGCCGGGGGAACGACGAAGAAGCUGGUUGUUAAACGAGUAUCAAAUGCUAGUGGAAGUAAGUUUCCUUUAUAUUUUUUAGUUGUUUUGUGGAAGUUUUUGACAUUAGUAUACGUAUUUUAUGUUUUAGAACGAGUGUCGUUGCUGCCGCGCCAUAAGUUGUCGUUUGGGAAGGAAAUUAACUUUUGUGAAGGCGAGUUUCUGAAUUCUACUAGGAUCUCAGUUUUACCGAAAACGACAGAUGAGAAGAGUGCAGAAAAAGAAUGUCAUUCUGAAGUUGAUAGGCAUACAAAGUCUACCUCAUUGUCCACAGUACAUGAUGUUACAUAUGAAAAUAAAACUACUAACGAAGCAGAACAGUUCCAAGAGGACGAAGAUUUAAAAGAAGAGGAAGAAACAUACCGUAAAAGCUUUACAAAAGAGGGUGGUGAUGAUUCUGAUCAACAACAUGAUGUAGCGACAGGUAAUUUAUAAGAUCACCUCAAGUAUCAUCAUUAACAUAAAUUACCUUGCUUAGCGUUAAUUAUACUAUUUCCAGAAGUAGAGGUGUCUAAAGAUCUCGCAGUAUCUCAUGCGUCCUUUAUGUCUUCACUGCCGGUUGAAGGCAGCUUCGUAUGGGCGAGUGAUGCUUCUGAUUUCGAAGACGAUUUAGUUGAAAAGGAUCUAGAGCUGAUAGAGAAGUGUCACGAGAGACUUUUACAUCCAGAAGGGUUUAGCUUUGUUAAUUCUUCUACUUACAGUACUUCGAAGCUUAUUGAAUCAAGUAUUGACAGCUUUGGAGAUGAGGCUGCUAAGAUUGUUAACGAUAGUACUGUGGUCGACGAAGAUUCAAACCGAAGUAUCACAUCUGAAGAAUCCGAUAAUCAGACUCAUGUUGUUGACGGAUCCGUCAACGAAGAUACCGUGGGCUGUGAAUCUGAAGAGGAAUCUUUGGAUGAAUCUACAAACAUUACGAUACAAGAAGAAGAGUCGUUAAUUGACAGCGUGAGGAAGAUGAGUAUCACAAUGGAUAAGACGAACCGAACUUUGGAAUCAGAAAGAACUUCAACAAGAACAGUUCUAGAUGACAGUGAAUUCGAUCUUGUAGAUGGCAAGGAGAACAUAUCUCAAGAUGAAAUUGAUAAGGAAAGGACUAACGGUGAAUUUGACUCUGAUUCAGAAGAUUACGAGGAUUCAGAUGUCGACUCGUCGAAACGAGCAACGCUUAAGAAAAGUAAGAUUUUAUGUUUUUUUACUAAAGGCUUGGUUUUAUAAUAUUGUUUGUUUUAUUCAUAGUACUAUAGCUAUAUUGAAAUUUUAGAAUCAAGUGUUUCUCAAGGAAUUGUUUCAUCUUAUCCUUCGUUUUCUCAAGCUUUGUCUACGGAACAUCGCGAUACAAAUGAAGAUAAUGUGAUUGAUGAGGAAGCACUUGCGGUAGACGAGGAGGAGAAGGAAGAUUCAGAAGAAGAAGACGAAGAUACUUACAGGAAAAGUUACGAAGGAGACGAUGUUGAAGAUUCUGAUCAACAAAAUGGUGAAGCAAUAGGUGACUUAUUUUAAUAAUUUGUAUUGCGCAACUGUGUGAGCCGUGAAUAACAAUAUUUUCAGAACUAGAAGUGUCUGAAGAUCUGGAAGCAUCUCAUGCUUCGUUUAUGUCUUCAUUGUCAGUAGAAGGCAGCUUUGUAUGGGCAAGUGAUGCUUCUGAUUUUGAGGACGAUGUAGUGGAAAAGGACCUAGAGCUGAUAGAGAAGUGUCACGGUAGACUGCUAAAUCCAGAAGAGUUCAGUUUCGUCGAUUCUACUACGUACAGUACAUCAAACAUUGAAACAAGUAUUGACAGUUUUGGUGAUGAUGCCGCUACAACUGUUGACUAUAGUACUGUAGCUGAUGAAGAUGUAGAGCAAACUACUGUAGUUGAAGAAUCUUGUAAUGAAAGUAAUGUUGAUAGCUCUGUCAACGAGACUACGGUUGUCCAUGAAUCUGGAGACGAAACUGUGACUGAGUCGAGAAACAUCACGGUACAAGAAGAAGAUUCUGUAAUUGAAAAUGUGAAGAAGAUGAGUAUCACGAAGGAAAAGGCAGAGCGAACUUCAAAGUCUCAAAGAACUCCAACAAGACGAGUUGUGUUAGAUGACAGUGACUUCGAACUUGUGGUGGAUAAAGAAAACAAAUCUCAAAAUGAAUCUGACAAAGGGGAAACCAAUGGAGAAUCUGAUUCCGAUCUAGAAGAGGACUACGAGGAUUCAGAUGAGGUGGAUGAGAUCGACCCGUCUAAACGGAAAUCACCAAAAAAAAGUUGGUUUUUUAUUUGUCUGAUUAUAACGUGUGAUUCUGGCUAUGGUUAAUGUUGUCUAUAUUAUUCAUGAAUAUCUUCAGGUUCGGAUAAGGAUGAAGCUUACUUGCUAUCGCUAACAGGCCAAAUGAUCACUGGUAGGAACAGGGACGACAUUGUUGUGAAGUUGAUGGAGAUAUUCAAUCGUCGAAUCUUUGAUCGAAGGGUCAGUCAUUUCACACGUAUUCUCUACCAUAUGGUGGUUUUAACAUAUUUUACCGCAGUUUAUCUAUGGUAUUUUAAACAAUAUUCGGCCUUUAAAAUAAUUGAAAAAAUUAUUUUUCAGCUUCCAAAGUUGGAAUACGAAUGGAACGCCAGGCUUCGCAAAACUGCUGGCCAAUAUUACUCAUCAUCCGGAAAGGGCGAUCAAGACCUCGUGAAGCUAGCAACUAAGGUCCUGACAUCAGGGGAACGUCUGAGAAACACAUUACUACAUGAAGUGUGUCAUUGUGCUGUGAGAAGAAUAAACAACGUGAAGGAAGGGCAUGGGAGAUACUUCAAACAAUGGUAAAAACAGCAAUAAUAUAUUUUUUGACAGAAUAAGUGAUCUUAUUUAUGUAAAAGACUUUAUGUGUCGUUGAUUUCAGGGCCAAGCAUGUUUCUAAAGUAUUUCCAUUGAUACCACCAAUUACAACGCGACAUAACUAUGAAAUUUACUACAAGUACGAGUACGUAUGUCAAGAAUGCGGUGGAAAGUAAGUUUUUAAGCGCUUUAGCCUGAAUAAUACGUUUAUUUAUUCAACUGUAAAGGACACUAACUGUUAUAAACAUUUCAGAGUGAGACGUCACUCCCCAUCAGUCGAUAUUACCACGAAGUGUUGUGGUAAAUGUCAUGGUCGAUUUGAUGUUUUAAAAGAUGGAAAGUUAUGGAAAAAGGCAGCCAUUGAUGAACAGACCAAGAAGAGUAUUGUUCUCUCGAUGUAG